AUGGCAACAGAAUCGUCACCCUUGCCUGAGGAGCAGCAGUCUCAGGACACAGUGCCUAAUCCAGAAGCCGUAUCGAGCAGUGCUGCUUCAGGGUCUAUUGGCCCGUUCUUUGCAGUCAUUUCUGUGCUAACUGUUCUAGCCAUUCUGUCAUGUAUUUUAAGUAGGAUUUGCAAGCGUCGGGUGGUGACGCCGCUGGAAAGUAUCAAGCAUGUAGGUUGUUUUCGGUGGUUGAAGCGUCGAUGCAGCCGGUGCGUGGCGGGGGACGAGGGGGUAUCGGGUGAGAAGGCCAUGGUGCACGAGAAAGAAAGCAAUGGUGGUAAGGCCCUUGAUGGUGUUUGA